AGUUUGACCUAGUUUAUGUUCAAUAUUAUCGUAAUAUGCCAAAAAAUAGUAAGGGCAAUAAUUACGGCAGUCAGGAGAAUAUGCCGGAAAAUGAUGAUAAUGACGAUCCGAUAGAUUUGGACGAUUUAUUGCCAAAGAUCGGUGAAUUUGGAAUCUACCAGAAGCUAUUGUUGUGGCUGGUGUGUUUGCCUGCUUGCUUGCCGUGCGGCUUCUGCGCCUUCAAUCAACUCUUCAUGACAGACGUGCCCGACCACUGGUGUAAAGUACCGGAAUUACAAAAUUUCAAUUUAACAGAAGAACAACGCAAAAUAAUGUCUAUACCACGUAAGGCAGACGACAACACAACUUUUGAGAAAUGUUCUCGUUAUUCUGUUAAUUGGACAGAAAUUUUAUCAACAGAUAAAAAUUUUGAAAUCAACACGAGCUGGCCCUUGGAACCAUGUUUUGAUGGAUAUGUAUACGAUAGAUCUGAAGUAAAAUCCUCCAUAGUUAUUGACUUCGAUUUAGUUUGCGACUUCGACGUUUACCCAACUUUGGGGCUGGUGGCUCUUAAUGUUGGAGGGCCUAUUGGGGUAUACAGUUUUGGAAUGUUAAACGAUCGCAUAGGCCGCAAGAAAUCCUUUUUUACUUGCCUCACUACCCUUCUUGUUGGCAGUUUAAUGACAGCAUACGCACAUGAGUAUUGGUUUUGGGUACUUGCGAGAACAAUUGUGGGAUUGACUAUACCGGCCGUAUAUCAAAUACCAUUUAUAAUUUCUUUGGAACUGGCUGGACCGAAUUAUAGAUCUUUCGUAACGGUGAUGACAUGCAUAUUUUAUACUUUGGGAUUAAUUUUAUUAUCCGGUGUAACAUAUAUGUUACGGGACUGGAGAUCACUGGCGUUAGCAACGUCCGUUCCCUUUUUCUUAUACUACUUAUAUUGGUUUGUUUUGCCGGAAUCACCAAGAUGGCUGCUGAUGAGAAAGCGGUUUGAAGAAGCUAAUAAGAUUCUGAAAUCUAUAGCAAGAGUUAAUGGUAAAGAGUUGCCAGUAGAGUAUACGCAUAAAAUACAACGGCAGGUUCUUGAGCAAGCUAUGAGUGGAGAUAAGGAAGCAAAGACAGCCAGUAUGUUCGCUUUGUGUCGAACUCCUAAUAUGAGGCUCAAAACAUUCUUAAUCACACUCAAUUGGUGCGCCUCAGAAAUGGUAUAUGUCGGAUUGAGUUACUAUGGUCCAGCAAUAGGCAACAACCAAUAUAUGAGUUUCUUUCUAUCAUCGGCGGUUGAAAUACCAAGUUACCUUGUCUGUUGGGUUCUUAUGGAUCGGGUUGGACGACGAUGGCCAUUGUGUUUGUCGAUGGUUAUAAGUGGUAUUUUUUGUAUAGUCACGGUGUUGCUCCCAAACGGUGCAGAAACAGAGACUCUCAUUUUGUACCUUAUAUCGAAAUGUUUUAUUUCGGCAUCAUUUCUGAUAAUAUAUCCAUAUGCUGGUGAACUUUACCCAACUGAACUUAGAGGCGUUGGUAUUGGAACGUCCGCCUACAUUGGUGGACUAGGCCUUAUCAUUAUACCUUUCGUUAAUUAUUUAGGAUCUAGUAACCUAGUGUUGCCUUUAGUGGUAAUGGGAGCAGUGUCGGUAGUGGGAGGAUUGACAGCAUUACGGUUACCAGAAACACUGCAUACCUCAUUACCACAGACAGCGGAAGAGGGUGAGGAAUUUGGAAAAGACUGGACUUAUGCGGACUGUUUUAAAUGUGGUGGACAAAGACCUGUAGCGGAGGCAGAAUCAUAUGAAAAUCUUGAUCAAUUAGAGCUAACGCAACCACCGACUGAAAUGGAUGAUGAACUAUCGGAAAUGCCUAAUAUUCGAAGAAGUUCCAUGCGCAAGCUCGUUCGACAAGCAAGCAUAGUUGAAACUCAGCGAGACUUAGAUGGAAACAUGAAAAUGACGUACUGGUUUUAA